AUGUAUUUCGCUGUGCUGGUGAUUCUCUUACACUGUCCAAGUCUAAAAGCUCAAGACGAUGUUAUUACCAUCAACAAAGUUGAACUCACUGUGCCAUCCCUGAAAGUGGAGAAUGGAAUGUCAAUUGAACUCACCUGUAUUGUGGACAUUAGCAAAAGCGCCAGCUUCCAGAUGCAGCAUGCUUUUUUAUUUUACAAGGAUGACAGUCUUCUGCAUAAUACCACGUCGGAGCAAAACAGAACACGUUACAAAAUAUCGCCAGCUCGAUUUGCAGAUUCGGGAAGCUACAAGUGCACUGUGGAGGCAAACAGGAAGUCUAAAAGCAGCAAUGAUUUGGAUGUUCGAGUUAAGGGGCUGUCCCAGCCAAAACUGACUGCCCUGAAAAGAGAAGUAACGGAGGGUGAAGUUGUGACUUUACGGUGUGAAGUACCAGAAGAAAAGCCUCCCUUCGUUUUCUUGUUCCAAAAAAUAUUGCCCAAUCAACAGUUCCAAGGGAAAAGGAAGCAAGAAUUAAAAGAAAACUUUGCAUCUGUUGAAUUUCCUGUUGAAGAGGGGGAUCGAAUAUUGUGUUUUCAAUGUAUUGCCAAGGUUACUUCAGCAGUCGAUUCUGAAACAUCAGAGCCCAGUAACAUGACAAUUGUUACAGUUGUGGAACCGUUUUCACAUCCUAAACUGACAUCCAAGUCCCCAUGGAACAUUACAGAAGGAGACAGAAUUGACAUUGUGUGCACAACGAUUCUAGUCCGGAAAUAUGAACUUGAAAUCCUCAUCCAGAAAGACGGCAGGAUACUGAACAGUACACGAGGUCAGAGUUCUGUGACCUACUCUGCAAUAGCCAUAGUGGAGCACAAUGGCAAUUACACGUGCAAAGUGGAACUGGGGAGAGUGUCCAAAACCACCAGCAUGAACAUUGUUGUGGCAGAGUUGUUUGCCAAGCCAAUAUUGACUCCUUCUUUGACUGACCUGGAUGAAAAUGAGAGUUUAAGCCUGUGGUGCCAUAUUAAUGGCUCCCCUAAAGCAAACUUCUCUAUCGUAAAGAGACCUCCGGAGAACGGCACCUUGUUGAAAACUUUCAGCAACUUCACUAUUCAAGCCCAGGUGAAUGACACCGGGUCCUAUGUUUGUAGGGCUGAGAUAAAAGGAAUCAUCAAGGAGAGUAACCCUGUACAGAUAACUGUUUACGCUCCAGUCUCGGAGCCAGUUCUUUCUGUUGCCAGCCCAUCCACGGAGAUGGUGUUAGGGGAGACCCUACUCCUACGCUGUCAAUCCAUGUCUGGAACUCCACCUAUAAACUAUACGCUCUUCAGAGGAAACAGACUUAUUCACACCAUCACAGUAUUUAAUAAUACAUAUGCUGAAUUCAGGGACAGACAAACUAAAUUAAAUAAUCUGAGAGAAUACAGAUGCGAAGCUAGCAACCGUCACUCCUAUGCGAAGAGAAGUAGCUACAAGAUGAACAUCACGGUGAUAGCUCCCGUUCGCAACGUAAGCUUUGGAAGUUUACCCCAUGGGGAAGUGGAAGAUGGUGGAGAUAUCAACUUUCUUUGCAUCGUAGGCGAAGGAUCUUUGCCAAUCAACUUCAGAAUUUUUAAACAAAAUGACCAGAAACCUUUAUUUAAUGAAAGCAAAAUGGAAACCAGACUCCUCUGGCAGAAGAAAACAUUUCACAAGCAGGACGCAGGGAAAUAUUUUUGCGAAGCCUCCAACCGAGUCACGGAACCUAUGCGAAGCAACUUGCUAACCGUUAAAGUCAUCCUGGCUUCAUGGCAGAAAGGGUUUAUCGCAUUAUUUGUCUUGGCUGUAAUUGCCAUAACAGCUUCUGGUUUCUGGUGGUACUGGCGUAAGAAGGAAAAGGGUAAACAUCCUUCCAUGGAGAUGUCUGGAUCCACAGCAGCCACUAAUUCGACUAGUGAGAAACUGCCAUCUGGACCGAACCAUUAUACAGAAUUCUAUCCUGGAUCAGGUUACAUUGAAGAUGAAAAUCCUGUAAAACCAACAGAUGAAAAUAAAGGACCUGACCAUGAGAGUGCUGAGGUGGAAUAUACUGAAGUUGAAGUGUCAACGCCUGAUCCUUACAAAGCUCCUGUAAAGAAGGGGACUGAUACAGUAUAUAGUGAAAUCAGAAAAGCUAAUAAUGAUUCUGGGGAAAACAGACACUCUCUGCAGAGAGUUUUUAGACUAAAAAAACCCUUGUUUGACAGUCUCUUAGAUGGUAUCAAAGAUGAUAAAAUAGAUGGAUUGAGGAAGUGGCACAGUUUGGACCCGGAUCUGGGCUUUGGAGAACUAUUUGGCUCUGGAGUUUGUGUCCAAUCUGUUGUUACAGUUUUGUAUUCUGCAUUUGCAACCAAGAAUUCCCUUUAUAUUGCAGUCUCUGAUUAUCUGUUACCAGGAUGGUUGGAAGAUCACAUUAUCCAGUCAAAUGAUCUGAUCUGUUUCUCAGAGCAUUGCCUCAUUCAAGAAUUACGUGUGCUGUUAAAUGCAAAGAGAUAG